UCCCGGUGACACUUCGAACACAAAUCCCGCCAUAUUGCCCAUAUAAGCUUCUACACGCCAUUUCGCCAGCUACAGUCGAUCCUUCGUCUCUUCGUAUCUGUUGUCUUUUUCACCAUCAUUCUUAUCGCCGUUGAUUAGCCGUCUUAUUCCUUGCUUGUCACAAUGCUGCUCCCGCGGCUUUCGUCUCUACUUGGCCUCCUCGGUCUCGCGACUCUCCCCGUGGCCAACGCUUACGAUGGCGACGAGAAUGUCAAGAGCAUUCCGCUCCGAACUCACACCCUUGACUCGCCCUAUCUGGAUUCGGACUUCCAAAGCCGCUGGUUCGAUUUUGGUGGAGAUACCAUAGUGCGGGCCGACAAAUACGUCCGUCUUACGUCCGACCAGCCAUCGCAGCAGGGAUGGAUCUUCUCUCGAGUACCGCUCACCGCGACAAACUGGGAGAUCGAACUCGAAUUCAAGUUCCACGGUGAAGGUAACUUGCACGGUGAUGGAUUCGCCUUGUGGCUUACCAAACAGCGCGCCACUCAGGGCCCUGUAUUUGGUUCGACGGAUAACUUCGAGGGUCUUGGUAUUUUCUUCGAUACGUACAAGAACAACCGCCCCGGAACGUCUUUCCCUUACGUCAUGGCUAUGAUGGGCGACGGUCAGACCACCUAUGACCAGGCCCAUGAUGGCAAGGCUAAUGAAUUGGCUGGCUGCUCUGCUCGUGGUUUGCGCGGCGCUUCGAUCCCUACUAAGGCUCGUUUGACUUACUUCCACGACAAAUCCUUGACCCUGGAUCUCCAGUACAAGUCCGAGGACAGCUGGCAGAAUUGCUUCACUUUGACCCACCCGGAAACCAACAUUGCCAUCCCAUCUGUUGCAUACCUCGGUCUCUCCGCUCACACCGGUGAGGUGACUGACAACCACGACAUCAUCUCCCUCAAGACCCACAACUUGUACAGUAUUGGAAGCAGCGGCGGCAGCAGCUCCAAGGGAUCUUCGGCCGGUACUGGUGGUCGGGGGCGCAACAAGGCCUCGAUGGUGAAGAAGCAGAAGGGAAGCUGGACAUGGUUCUUGUUCAAGGUUGUUUUGUUCUUCGCUGCCAUUGGCGGCGGCUACGUGGGAUGGACCGCCUACCGGGCCAAGCAGCGCUACUCGAGAUUCUGAGCGAGGUAAAAAGUAAAAAGAAAAAAGACAAUUCCAUCUUGUUCUUCUUCCUGUCUGCGUUGUUGCAUAGCAUUUGUUUUCCUAUAUUCACGAUGUUAUAU